AUGACUGCAGACGUACGCAACCGACGCUUCCGGCAGUUCCACUACGAUGAGGCCGAUGGACCCCGAGAGAUGUGGGGAUCAGCAGUCAAGAUGGAAGCGAAGCUCUCUGAGGCAGAAGGAGCUCCGUCAGAGGAAAGUCUGAGGGCACAAGCCCAGCAGCCUGCCCAAGAUCCCCUGUCAAGUGGAAAAGGUGCCUCCUGCCCAGAUGGGAUCAUUGGGUCAAGUCAUUGGGUGGAAGGCCAUGAAGAGAUGCUGUCAAGCCAUCAUCUUUGCAGUGGAGCACAAAUGUCUGCUCCCCCUCUGGUCCAGGUGGCCGUGUGUUUCACAGAGGCUGAGUGGGCCCUGCUGGAUCCGGGCCAAAGAACUCUCUACAGGGAAGUCAUGCUGGAGAACUAUGGGAAUGUGGCCUCUCUGGCAGCAGAUGUAGUGGGAUUCUCCUUGGAAAAUGCCAGGAAUGAAGAUGCUGAAAGAAACUUCAGAGAUGGAGACGGACCACAGAGGCAGGAGGAAAGCCAUGCAGGGGAUGACCAGUGGAACAAGGAGGAUGAGGAACUGUAUCCUCUAUCACCUGAUGAAAUCCAGAAUAAAGGCGUGAGGGGAAACUUCAGGAAUCAAGGGAGACCUAAGAGGCAGAAAGGCAGCCAUUCAGUCAAGACAAGGUGUAAAGCCAUACCUUUCCAAGAGGGGGAUUUCCAAGAAGUCAUUCACAUGGUGGAGGAAACAGACAAAGGCUUGGACUGCGGAAGGAAUGUCUCAGAUCAAACCCAAUAUAAUGUCCAUUUACGAAUGCACAGAGAAAAGAAAACCCAUCAAUGCCUGGAGAGUGGGAAGACCAUGAUUCUCAGAGCAGAGCUCCCUAAAUGUCAAAGGACACAUACAAGAGAGAAACAUUAUAGGUGCUCAGACUGUGGCAAGAGCUUUUCAGAGAAAUCAGACCUUGUUCAGCACCAAAGGAUUCACUCUGGAGAGAAGCCACAUAAAUGCUUUCAGUGUGGAAACUCCUUCAGAAACAGAUCACAACUCAUUGUGCACCAAAAGAUGCACAUAGGGGAGAAACUAUUUGAAUGCUCAGAGUGUGGGAAGAGAUUCAGUCGGAGUGGCAGUCUUCAAGACCAUCAACGAACCCACACGGGAGAGAAACCUUUUGAAUGCUCAGAGUGUGGGAAGAGAUUUGGUUGGAGUGGCAAUCUUCAAAACCAUCGACGAACCCACACAGGGGAGAAGCCCUUCGAAUGCUCAGAGUGUGGGAAGAGAUUCAGUCGGAGUGGCGGUCUUCAAAAACAUCGACGAACCCACACAGGGGAGAAGCCCUUCGAAUGCUCAGAGUGUGGGAAGAGAUUCCAUUGGAGUGAUACUCUUCAAGAGCAUCAGCGAACCCACACAGGGGAGAAGCCAUUUGAAUGCUCAGACUGUGGGAAGAGAUUCAGUUGGAGAUGCACUUUUCGUCAUCAUCGACAAAACCACACAGGGGAGAAGCUUUUUGAAUGCUCAGACUGUGGAAAGAGAUUCAGGUGGAGAUGCACUCUUCAGCAGCAUCAACGAACCCACACAGGGGAGAAUCCCUUUGAAUGCUCAGAGUGUGGGAAGAGAUUCAGUGAGAGUGGCCAUUUUCAAGAGCAUCAAAGAACCCAUACAGGGGAGAAGCCUUUUGAAUGCUCAGAGUGUGGGAAGAGAUUCAGUCACAAUAGCACUCUUCAACAGCAUCUAAGAAACCACACAGGGGAGAAACCUUUUGAAUGCUCAGAGUGUGGGAAGAGAUUUAGUAGGAGUUCCUAUUUUCAAGAGCAUCAAAGAACCCACACAGGGGAGAAGCCUUUUGAAUGCUCUUUGUGUGGGAGGACAUUCAUUCAGAGUAGCCAUUUACAACAGCAUCUAAGAACCCAUACAAGGGAGAAGCCAUUUGAAUGCUCAGAGUGUGGGAAGAGGUUCAGUCGGAGGGCCAGUCUUCAACAGCAUCAACAAACCCACACAGGGGAGAAGCCCUUUGAAUGCUCAGAGUGUGGGAAGAGAUUCUGUCACAAUGGCACUCUUCAACAGCAUCUAAGAAACCAUAGAGCAGAGAAGCUUUUUAAAUGUUCAGAGUGUGGGAAGAGAUUCCAUAACAGUGGCAAUCUUCAACAGCAUCAACGAACCCACACAGGGGAGAAGCCCUUUGAAUGCUCAGAGUGUGGGAAGAGAUUCAGUCGGAGUGGGUCUCUUCAACAGCAUCAACAAACUCACACAGGGGAGAAGCCGUUUGAAUGCUCAGAGUGUGGGGCAAGAUUCCUUCGGAAGGGCACUCUUCAACAGCAUCAACGAACCCACACAGGGGAGAAGCCCUUUGAAUGCUCAGAGUGUGGGAAGAUGUUCAGUCGGAGUGCCACUCUUCAACAGCAUCAAAGAACCCACACAGGAGAGAAGCCCUUU